AUGGCGUACAAUCACCCUUUUCUGCUGCACAGACCGGCAGACUAUGGGAUGGGAUCCUUACUCUCAGCCGCACAACAUCCUUACCUCCCGGUGGCGUUGCAGCCACCCGGUUUACACACAUCUAUUUUACCGAAGCUACAACAGACGGUGGCACGGUCACAAAUUGCAUCGGCCACCGAUCUGUUACCGCAUCCUCAGCACCUAAGGCCGAUAAGGAGUCUAGAGCCGCCCGAAAACGAAGUUCGGGACGAUCCCAAAGUGGAAUUAGAAUCAAAAGACCUAUGGGAACAGUUCCAUGUUCUAGGAACAGAAAUGGUGAUCACCAAAUCUGGCAG